AUGGGCAAAGGACCUGGACAGACAUUUAUUCAAAUGGCCAACAAGCAAAAAUGUCUCUUUGCCAGAAGUAUCAGUGCAGUGGAGAAGAAAGCCCCUGGACUUGGGACCAACUUACCUCUGCUUGGACAACCUUCCUUGGCCAGGUCCUCCAACUCUGAACAUCCGAAGCCCAAGCCAGAUGCUGGGUCUAAUGGCUUAGCAAGGAGUCCUCUGAAGCCCAAGAUGUCUCUGUAUGAUGGCUCCCAGGCUGCACGAGGUUCUGGGGUGCAGAAGGGGCUGUCAUCGGAGGGGCUGCGCUCUGAGGACUCCUGGCCCCCUGAGGGUCCUUGGCCGGUGAUGGCUGCUGCGGCUGAGGACCAUCCCGGGGACUUGCUGCCAGAAGGACUAUCCUACCUUGCUAGUGCUGUUGCCCUCCCUCUGGGCAGCGGCCUUUUGCCUGAAGGUCCUUCUGCACACUUUGCAGGUGUCCCCCCUGCUGCUUUCCUCCUCCACCAGGACCCUGAGCUUAGAUGGCCACCACGUUCUAGUCCACUGGGAGCCCAGGGGGAAAUCCCUGUCCUACGCCCACUCUGUGCUCUCAUCAACAGAAUCCGUCAGUCACUGCUGCCUUGUCACCCCUGGGGGGCCCUGAAUCCUUGUGUGUCCUGGGGAGGUGGACGUCCUGGAACUGGCUGGGGGACAAAGCCCAUGCCACCAUCCCAUGCACUAAGCUGGGGAAUCAGCAAUCAAUUCCCAGGUUCUAGCUGGGGGAAUAUCAAUAGGUAUCCAGGUGGCAGCUGGGGGAAUAUCAAUCAGUAUCCAGGGGCUACCUGGGGGAAUAUUCAUCUACCCCCAGGGACCAAUACUCAACUCCCUCCCAGAAUUCUCCGUCCUCCUGUCUCUUCUUGGAAUACUCCAGCUGGCUUCCCCAAUUCUCAAGAUCCUGGGUCACAGUAG